CUAGAUAACCUCUGUUUGUGUGUCCGUCCAUGUACGAAAAACCGUUACGAGCCGUAGUGUUCAUCGAAAAACUGAGCCAGAGAAUCAAUCCAUCACAUUAUUUAGCCAUCCAGCUUUUAGUCUAUUUGAGACUUUACCCUUUGAAAUCAGGGGUAGGCUGAAAGGUAAGAUUACCGAAGGCGGAGUGACGCGGCAAGUUGCGCGCGCGAUGGAGGUCCUGCACGCGAGCGCUCCCGGCGCACGCAUGCGCGUGAUGCGAGCCGCCUAUCACUCCACAGCCGGACCGGGCAUACCCGCCUCAUCCUUUAUGCUCCACUCUUCGAGAAGGGUCAUAUCUUCCGGAUUCAAUCUCCUGGAAUCACCGUCUAUCCACAGCAAGCCGUUAGAGAUAUCCUCUACGCCAUUAGAGUCAUUUCCUGAUUCAACCACAGAAAAUUAUAAAGUGACAGAACCAGACGACACGGAGAUCUCCGAACCAUCAAAAUGGAGGGCAUCUGCGAGUGGAUCUACGCUGCGCAUGCCAAGUGAAGAAUCAUCAUCAACAGACAAUGCUAGUAUCAUUGAUCUGGACAAUAGAUCUCAUAGAAAUUCAUACAGAAAAUACUCAUACGACUCAGAAAACAGUGAUUUUCCAUCCUCUAGGAGGAGUAGCGCACGAGCUUCGCCUCUUCUAGAUGCACCUAUUACACUUAGUACUCUCAAAUAUAAAUCACUUCUAAAUAGUAGUAACGACUGGAAUAAAAGAAGAAAGAGUUAUAGCUUUGAAGAUACCGGUCCAUCAAAUGAAACAAUCCUUCACAGCAAUGACAUUUUAGCUAUGGAAUCCUCAACAGACAGUGGUAUUUGUAAAUCAACUGAAAUUGUAAACAAUCUGGAAGAUGACAAGUCUUCUCAUUCAUUUGGAAAAGCAAAUAAAUAUACAGGCGGCCACGAUGAAACGUUCAAAGACUGGCUUCAUAAAAAUAGACCGAUCACAGUAAGUAAAAACAUACCACUGAAGCCCCGGAGACAGCACGAUAUAGUAAUCGAAGAACCAGCAGAAACUAAUAUAUCACUGAAAUACCCAGGUAAAGUUUGUAUAACUGUACCUAUAAUGGUAGAAAAAGAUAAUUACGCGAUUGCAGAUAGCGACAGAAAAGUAAAAAAAGUAGAAUUUUGUAAAACGGAACUGCACUUUGCCGCAGAAUCAGGUAAAGUGAAUAUUAUAGCAACGGAUGAGAAACCACCACCUACCAGUGAUUUCAGAAAAAGAAGAAGCGUUUUUGUGCCGAUCACUGAUAAAUUCGGAAAACCUGUUAUACUAUUCGGUGAAAAAAGAGAAUUAUCAGACAUAACAAAAAAUAAUGAAUUUCCAAAAUAUGACCAUAGUGAUCCUAUUGAAGAUGAAAUUGAGAAUACAGCAGCUACAAAGAGUAUUCUCAAAAAUAAGAUUCCGAAACCCAAGCCGUAUCUAUUAGGAGAGAACACGGUACUUGGAAACUCGGAUAGUUUAUAUUCAAAAGAUCAGUCUAAUGAUUUCAGUGCAACAUCAGGCGUUUUAUUAAUUAAUAAACAACUUGAAUCAGAAAGAAAAUAUAGUGAUGAAAAUAUAUCCACAUUUACACACGAAGAUGAUGUAGGCAAAAAUAAUAAAAAUAUUAAGAGGACGAUAAACAAUGGUCCCCGGAAUCACGAAAGCCCUUCUGAUGAGAAAAAUGAAAAAGGUCUGCAAUUUGAAAAUGCCACUCCUAAAGUAAAUACUAUUAAAAAUAAAAUUAUUGCACUGCCGAUAUCACCAAUAUCAAACGCAAAAACACGACAACUUCGAGAAAGUGAUUUGACGUACUUUGGCAUCGACAAAGAUAUCAUAAACAGCGUAAAAGAAAGAGCAAUACGUACUGAAAAUACAUUAUCUACCCAUAAUAAUAUAAGUGAUACUAUUUUCCAAUCAGUAAAACUUAUAAAGCGAAUAUCAAAUAGUGCAUGCAACAGUGAAGCCGAAUCAGAAGACACUCCGGAAUAUCAGAAUAUAAUUUUGAAAACGGACACAUCUAAACCAACACCUAAACCCAGGUCAAAAUAUAAUGCAGAUACCGAAAGAAAUCUGCAGCCUAUAACUGAACAAUACUCUAUUAACACUGAAUCUUCUCAAGAAUCUCGCCGGUCUAGGUCCAAGAAAUAUGAAGAAAUAGUAGUUCCAACACCUCGAAGUCGAUCGGAACCAGCUAAGAAACAAACUGCGCAAGAAUUGUAUAAAACUGAACAACUCUUUGAUACACAUGCAGAUAGAAUUUCUCCGUCUCCAAGAUCCAAAAGACCUCAAAACAUAGAAUCAAGACGAAGAAAGCCAUCCCCAAUUAAGAGAGAUAUUCACAAAAUUAGAACCUGUGAAGGCGAGGCUCCAUUGUACGUCAAUUUGAAAGCAAAAAAUGAAUAUACAAAGGGUAUAAAUCUUGCUAGAUUUCAUGAAUCAGAAAUGACAAAACAUAUUUCGGCUGAGGCUUCACAUAAUAAUGGCAAAAUAAAACGUAAAGAAUCUUUGUCUCCGAUAAAUAAAAAAUCCCCAGAAAUAGACAAAGGCAACACAAUUAAUAAAGCAUUUAAAGUAGAAGAUAGUUUGGAAAAGCGUCUAAAAUCUACAAAGAAAUCAACCAAAAUUCAUCGUACUAAAAAACUUGUAACACCAGAACAAUCACUCUGUGAUCAGGCCAAAAAUAAUGAAUUAACUGAAAAUAAAAUCAACGAAACAAAAAGGUUCCUAGAAAACGGUGCAGGUUAUAACAGAAAUACAAAACGGGAACAGAAAACCAAUUCAUACAAUAGAAAACCAUUAGCUGAGAAACACGUAGAUUUAAAACAGGACGCUAUGAUCAGAGACAAGGAUAAACAUAUAUUAAACGACAUAGCAAAAGAAACUAAUCACAGUACAAAAUCUGACAAAAAUUAUAAAAUCCCUGUUAAUGGUGACUAUAAAAGAACCAGUAGUGGAGAACGUCGUAGCCAUAAAGAUAUUACAAAUAGAAAAAAGAUUGUAGAAAAGCCUAUGAGAAAUGAAUACAUUAUAAAUUAUGAUGACAAAAAUGGGACUGUAUCUUCAAUAUGCAAAAUAAAAUCUGUACAUUCUCAAUCUAAUAGAAAGCCUGUAAUAAAAGAGAAAAAUAAAGAGAAUCCAGAUUACAAAGAGAUAAAACACAGAACGAUAGAAAAAACUUCUCUGCUUCAACAACAGCAAUGGAAUCGGAACGGUAUGAAGCAAGGAUGGACACUUAAAAAUCGUAUGCAAAGGUCUUGCCAGUUGUUAUAGUAUUGCUAGUCUUCAUUUACGCUGUAAUUUUUUGUUUAAACAUUAAUAUACAAAUAAGAUAACUGAUCUCACCGUACUUAAGGGAAACCAGUGAUUCCUUGAAAAGCUUUGAAUAAUCUUACAAUACUCUAUUCUAAUA